GGCGGAGCUAAAGCGAAGACUCUCCUAGCUGGUAGCAGCGUUAGCUCAUCCUCCCGUCUCUUUUACUCGAGAGCUCAUUUCUCCUGUCGAACAUGGGGGAGGCUGACGUGACGCUGAACCAGCCUGACGAGAAGCCCCCGGACUCCGGGUUGGUUUCCGGGGAGGACUCGGUGGUCUGGAGCCACGAGGUGGAGGUCUGUCUGUUUCACGCGAUGAUCGGACACAAGCCCGUCGGAGUGAACCGUCACUUUCACAUGAUCUGCAUCAGAGACAAGUUCAGUCAGAACAUCGGACGGCAGGUUUCCUCGUCCGUCAUCUGGGACCAUCUGGGUACCAUGUACGACAUGCAGGCCCUGAUGCAGCACGAGUCUGAGAUCCUGCCAUUUCCAAACACAGAGAAGAGCUUCUCUCUGCCUGAUGACAUCAUCCAGGAAGUGAAAGAAGGGAAGCUGUGCUCUGAGGAGGAGACCAAAGAGGAGUUCCGGAUGGAGAGAGAACCUCCAGCUACACAUGAAGAAGGCAGCAACUCAUCGCUGAAGACGUCAGAGCGAGCGAGUAGUGGUCGCGACAAGGAGAGAGAGCGAGACAAGGACAAAGCAGGGAGUGAAGGAGGACCGGGUGGAGUAGGUGGAGGAGGAGGCGGCGGAGGAGGAGGAGGGGGGGCGAAGGAAGCAGAGAAGAGGAAGAGGAGUCGAGCGGCCGAGAAGCUGCUGUCGUCCUCCAACCCAGCGAGUCCGGGGGGGGCCAAGAGGAGACGCACCUGAGAGGUGGACAGAGAGAGACCGUUUUAGUGGACAGACGGACAGCUGCAGUCAGAGCGACAAGAGAAAAAGAAGGAGAGGAAGAAUCUGCCGUCACAGGAGUCAAACCUUCAUGCUGUGCGUCACGAGACCACCUCAUCGUGUGCUUCCCACAGGCCGGGUGAUGAUGAAGAAGAAGAAGAAGAGGAGGAGGAGCUUUGUGUCUUCUUGUUCUUUUUAUUGUUUACUUGUAGUUUUCCAGCUGUGAGGAUCAAACCGAUGCAACACAACCACAGAGGUCCUCUCCUUGGAAGCAGGCGCCUACAUCACCCACAAUGCAACACGGCCGCCAGACAAUCUGCUCACUGCAGAGGUUAGUUAUGUUUUCCCGGGUGAGUUGAGAGGCAGAUUAUUUAAUUUUUUGGUAAACCAUUAAAUGUUCUACUUUUCCUUUUGUUUCAGUAAUUUUUUUUUUUACUUCAUAAAAACACAAAUAUUUAGGAAAUACAAGAUUGUAUUCUUACAAGUCAUCGUGUGACUGACCUUCCAUUAGCGCCGAUGCUAAGGUUGCUAGCGCCGAUGCUAAGGUUGCGUGAAUAUUAAACGAGCCGCUCUACAUCCUGGUACUUUGCCUCUGUGGCUGCGUGCCGAGGAAUUGACUCCUCCCCCCUGAGCGUGCGCAAUAGUUGUGUUUUUAUUAGCGGCCGACGUUGUCAAUUUGAAGUCGCUCUGAUUUUCUAAUAGUUUUAAAGGGGUUUUAUUUUAAUUUUUUCUUUGACUGUUGAACUUAAUGCAAUAACAUCUCCACUGUCGUGUUUGAUCAUUUAUCCUCAAAGGAUUCGGUAUGUUUAUUCUGUACGUUUCUUUACUACUUAUUGCGUGCAGUUUGAGGUCAAGUGACUGCAGGGUCUCAAACAGGAAGUGUCGUCUUCAACCCGCCAAAAUAAAGCGGUCUUUUUUAUUUUUCUGUGUUAAUUUAUUGAUGUUUGAGGCUGUUUGUGUCAUUAAAGAUAAAUUCAGAGCG